AUGGUGAAUGUAUUGUCUGCUUGUGCUGGCUUAGGGGCGCUUAAACUUGGGCAAGAAACUCAUCUCAAUUUGGGUAGAAAUGGUUUAGGCCCAAAUGUGUUUCUUGCCACUGCCCUUGUUGAGAUGUACUCAAAAUGUGGUAAAAUUGAUCAUGCUUGUUUGGUUUUUGUUAAGAUGAAGGAAAAAGAUGUUCCCUUGUUCAAUGCCAUGAUACAAGGACUUGUUUACCAUGGCAAUGGAAAAGACUCAUUAGCUGUCUCAAAACAGAUGGUGAGGUUUGGGGUCCAACCCAAUGAGGUCACAUUUAUAGGAAUUUUAUCAGCUUGUAAUCACUCGGGAUUAGUUGAAGAGGGUAGAUUUAAAUUUUCAAAUUUGAUUAACAAAUAUGGUUUGAGUCCUAAUAUUAUUGAGCAUUAUGCUUGCAUGGUGGAUCUCCUAGGGCGAGCCGGACAUUUACAUGAAGCAUACAAAUUAAUCCCACCUGAUUCAAUAAUUUGGGUUGCUUUGUUGAGUGCUUGCCAGAUCCAUCGAAAUCUUGAACUGGCAGAUAGAAUUGGAGAAAUUAUAAUGGCAUCACACGAUCCUAAUCCGGGCUUGUGCAUCUUGUUAUCAAAUAUUUAUGCUACUGAGGGAAGGUGGAAAGAUGUUGCUAGAUGCGAGAGCAUGGGUGUGGUGGAGAAGAAGCUGAUGGAACGAUGGCGGCUGUGCGUUCCAUGGUUGGCGGCUGAAGGAACAAUGGCCUUCUGUGGUUCGUUGGCAAUAGCGGUAAGAAUUGCAUCAGCUAGCACCUCAAAGUUGAUGGGGACACAGAAUUCCGUCAAGAUAGGUGCUCCAGUUGAAAUUGGGAAUCUCAUGCAGCAACAGUGCUCCAGUGGUAGCAUAUAUAUCAAGAAUAAGAAAAGGAAGUUAUUGGGGCUAAAUUAUGUAUCAAGAAAAGUUGCAUGCAUCUUUUUCAAAUGGCUGGACAAGCCAACUUGUGCAAGGGGUGUGGAGGUCUUAAAUAAGAUUGCCAAGAAACUUACCGAAGUGGAGGAUGCAAAUGGUACUUUGGUAGCAAGGAUAAAAGAUUUGGAGAAUGACAAUAUCAGUUGCAUGGAAAGAGUUAGGCAACCACUGAAGGGGGAUGAUAGACAAAUGGAAAUCAUCAGGUGUCUAGAGAAGGAAAAUGACAACUAUAGGGCAAGAGAUAAAUUUUUGAUGUAUGCUUUGUUCUUGUCAUGA